GCUUCAAAUGACAACUUCAGCAAUAUUUACUAGGUAACAUUCAAUUGAGGGGAUAUCAUUUGGACACCAGAACAGCUCAAUCCGAAUAGUUCAUCGCUAAAGUUUCAUUGACAUGAAGCUCCUGUCCCUUUCUGUCCUGCUUCUUAGCAGCUGCGGAGCUCUCGGAUCCGAUCUUCAGAAGCCUCUCGUUAACUCACCGUCCUACAAGUCCUCCGAUGAAUCGCCUUCAUACCGAGAUAAUCUGGUGUCCUUACACAAAUCUCUCGUCGAGAUUUCUUCGAUUAGCGGCAACGAAAAUGAGGUCGGCACUUUUCUAGUUGACUACCUCACUGCCCGCGGCUAUACCGUCCAAUGCGAUUCCAUUCCUUCCUCACCCGACUCCGACAACAAGCCCAGCUUCAAUGUUCUUGCUUGGCCCGGUUCAAAUCCUCACCCUUCGCCGAAGAUUCUUGUGUCGAGUCAUAUAGAUACAGUCCCUCCUUUCAUUCCGUACUCGAUAAACGAUUCCUCCCUCAACCCCGAUACAUUGAUCGCAGGUCGCGGCAGUGUAGACGCUAAGGCUAGCGUAGCCGCGCAGAUAAUUGCUCUAGAGUCACUAUUAGACACUGGCGCUGUUGACGAUGAGGAUGGCUCUAUCAUGCUGCUAUAUGUUGUUGGAGAGGAAACAUCGGGUGUGGGGAUGCGACAUUUCUCAGAAUCGCACGGAAAUCUGGAUCCGGCCCCAGAGUUCAAGGCUGCUAUUUUUGGCGAGCCGACUGAGGGUCGCUUGGUAUGCGGUCACAAGGGCAUCUUUGGCUGCAAUAUCACUGCACAUGGCCACGCCGGACACAGCGGGUACCCGUGGCUAGGAAAGAGCGCGACAGAGGUGUUGAUGCGUGGGCUUGUUCGCGUCCUAGAAACGGAUCUGGGCAGUAGCGAGGAGUUCGGCAACACGACUGUCAACAUUGGUUUAAUCGAAGGUGGUGUCGCUGCCAAUGUGAUUCCCGAAAGAGCGACGGCCCGUCUUGCUGUACGCGUAGCGAUUGGCCCCGAGCUUGACGGAGCUAAGAUUGCUUCUGAUCGAUUGAUAGAAGUGAUGCGAAGCGUGGAUGAUGAGGCGUUUGAGUUUGACUGCAACUAUGGAUAUGGCGUUGUCAAGUGCGACUGCGAUGUUGAAGGUUUUGAAACUACCACCGUCAACUACGGAACGGACGUACACAAUUUGGAGGGUAACCACACACGAUACCUGUACGGACCGGGAACCAUUUUUGUAGCUCACGGACCUGACGAGGCGAUCAAGCUGGGAGACCUGGAGACAGCCGUGGAAGAUUACAAGAAGCUCAUCCUACAUGCUCUUGAGAGCUAAGCGGUUUGCAUUUGAGAAUUACAUAGUUUUAGCGUGUUCUCUUUCUUCAUGAUUGCUGAUUAAAUAUCAUAGGAGAUACCCCACAGAUG